GAUAUCUCUCACUUCGGGUUCAUGUUGUAUUAUCUCGAUCAUUUGUGCUACUUUGUGACAAAUCUAAUGUUUAUUGAAUAUGUGUUUGUGUUUAGUUUAUACCGGGGUUUAAUUUAUUAAAAAUCUUAUCUCAAUGUUCGUGUCGUGCGACAAGUUCGUUUCAAAACCAAUGACAUUAUAUGAACUCGAUGUGCGUUUUGGCCAUUUUACUUGGCUUGCGUUGGUGAUUCGUAUAUAGUCACGUGACCAAAGUGGUUUUCGGAUCAAUGGCGCCAAAUGACUAUUACAGAAAAUGUUGCACUUAUUUUGUGGUUGCAAACUAAAAUGUCAUCAUGUGAAUAAUGUGACAUUCUACACAAUGUUGCUUCCGCGUUCUAAGUGUAAAGCAGUGAAGGGUUCGUGAACAUGUAGGUUGUGAAUAAACUAAACAAGAUGUCGUUGCGAGGCACAAAGCGGGCGUCUGGGAUGCGUGGGGAGGAGGCGGGUGCAUCCAAGCGUCGACGGACAGACAACGAAGAGGCGCUUUGGCAGCUUCGGCCUGUCAGUGACCUCAAGAUGUCAUCUAUAUAUAAUAGAAGUGCCUCUGAGGCACCUGCUGAACUAUUCAGGAAAGAUCUCAUCAGUGCAAUGAAGUUACCUGACUCGGAACCAUUAACACCGAGCGAGUACUGGAUCAUCAAUGAUGCUUGGAAACAGGACUGGGAACGAGGGGUACAAGUACCUGUUAAUCCUGAUUCGUUACCAGCUCCCAAAGUUAAAAUCAUUUUGAAUCCACCACCACCCAAUUUUGAAGAAUUUAAAUUACCUAUGGACAAAUACAUUCACCUGACACAAGAUGCUCAGUACCAGGUGGAAGUCCAUUUACUGAGUUCUACUCCAGCACAAGCAGAAGCUGCUUGCAGCUAUGACUUGGAUGCAACUGAUACAGCUUGGUUAAAAUUGCUAAAUGCUGAAAGAGCAAGAGCAGGAGCAACAUCAGUAUCCGAAGACCAGUUCGAAAAAGUCAUUGAAGAACUAGAGGUUCGAACUUGGGACAAGAUUCAAGCCAUCAUCAAAUCUGAAGAAGGUUUAGGCAUUGAAUAUGAUGAAAACGUUAUUUGUGACGUAUGUCGAUCACCAGACUCCGAAGAUGGAAACGAGAUGGUGUUUUGUGAUUCUUGUAACAUUUGCGUGCAUCAAGCUUGUUAUGGAAUCACUGUUAUACCAGAUGGUCAGUGGCUGUGUCGUCCUUGCGGUGCUGGUAUUAGGCCAACUUGUGUGUUGUGCCCUAAUCUUGGUGGGGCUAUGAAAAGUACACCGUCCGGUCAUAAAUGGGCUCACGUCAGCUGUGUCUUAUGGAUCCCUGAAGUUUCUAUUGGGUGUGCAGAAAAAAUGGAACCAAUAACUAAAAUAACCUCCAUUCCUGCUUCACGUUGGUCUUUGGUGUGUGUUUUGUGCCGUGAGCGUAAAGGAGCUUGUAUUCAAUGUUCGGUAAAGACUUGUAAGACUGCCUAUCAUGUUACUUGUGCAUUUAAACAUGGACUAGAAAUGCGUGCAAUAAUAGAAGAUGAAAACGCUGAUGAUGGCGUUAAGUUGCGUUCGUAUUGCCAAAAGCAUAGUGUUAAUUCGAAAAAAGAAAAGUGUCCUGGUUCUGGUUCAGAAGAAGAAGAAGUGAAAAGAAAGCGACGAAAAGACAUGACGUCGGAAGAAAAGACGCAAGCCCGUGCUGCACGUCUUCAAGAGAUAGAAGGAGAAUUUGAUCGUCAUGUCUGCGUAAAAGAUAUCAGUGCGCAUCUAAUCGAUGUUGAUCAAGAUGCUAUUACUUACAUUUAUAAUUACUGGAAACUAAAAAGGCGUGCAGCACAUAACCGUCCUUUGCUGCCACCUAAAUCGGACGAUAACGAGUUAUUGACUCAUAGACAAGAACAAGCUGACCUUGAUAAAAUGAAAAUGUUUGUUCAGCUGAGACAAGAUUUAGAGCGAGUACGAAACCUAUGUUAUAUGGUUAGUCGUAGAGAAAAGCUAUCUCGUUCAUUCUUUCGCAUGAGAGAACAGACAUUUCACAAACAAGUUGCAGUGUUAAGUUCAGACCAUACUAUUGCAGGCGCAGACCUGGCAGCUAUCAUAGAAGCUAAUCAUGGUCCAUCAAUAUAUGAUAGAUUAUAUUCCCAUGCUAAUGCGCCUGACCACAAAAACGACUUUGAUAAUCUUCUCGCUCGUAUAGCGCCUCAAGAUUCAAGCGAUGAUAAGAAAAAGGACCGAAAUGGUCUUGUCCGCGCGUCAAAAUCAGCAAAUCCUUAUAAGAAACAUUACGUAAACGGGUCUCGACGAAGUGGAAGCAUGUAUAGUGGCUUAUCAAGCGAAGAAAGUGGUACAGAAGUUAGUCGUACUGCCAAAUAUCGUGGCCGCACCAUUGGUUCAAGUACAGAUGACGAUGUGAAAAAACCGGCUACAUCGCCAAAGAAAAAGGUCUCACCGAAAGGAAAAGGAAAGAAAUCUCCAAAGAAGCCGGAAAGGAAGAAAAGAAAAAUACCACAAUCUAAAGCAGUUAUUGAAAGUAGUAGUGAAGACGAUACUAUAAAAUCUAGAUUAAUGAUAAUUAAAAAAGAUAGGUCUCGUAGUAAGACACUACAACAAAUGGAAAAAGAAAUGACAGCAGGAAAAACUGGUCAAUCUGGAACAGAUAGCGACGAUUUGAUUCCCAUCAGAACAACAAGAAAUAGUAAAUUUCCCGUCGAUAUAUAUUCGGAUAGUAGUGAUACAGCGUCUGUUAAAGAUGAAAUGAAGUCUGAUAAAUCGAAACCUAAAAAUGAGAGGUCUAAAUCUGAGAAAACUAAAACUGUUAAAUCUCCAAAUGAAAAUGAUUCACAGCAGCCCUUACCUCGAACUAAAGCUGCUAUGAAAGAAUUCAUUUCAACACAACCCGAAAAGAAGAAAGCUGUAGAAGAUAAACCAGCUCCAAAGAAGAGAGGAAGAAAACCUUCCAACAAAGAGAAAAAGCCUCUCAUUAAAACUGAAUCAGAUGAUGAAGCAAAGAAUAAAGAAAAUAUUAAAUUUGCUAAACAGAAAGAUAAUCCUACAGAUUUAAUUGUACCACAACGUCAAGCUGCCAAAAAAGCUUCAGAAAAUAUGCGUUCUACAACUACAGUUAAAAAAGAUGAAUCAGGUACUGAUAAACAAGUGAGUGGAGAUGAUGCUAAAUCGAAACCGAAAAUAAAAUCAAAGGGAAAGGAGGCUAAAGAUAUCCCAGAAAGAGUUGGAAGGAAAAAGUCUUCUAAAGAUCAAGAUAAAGAGCCCAUAUCAUACGUUCCACAAAGACAAGCUGCGAAAAAGGCAGCUGCACAUAUAAAGAGUGGGCUGGGAACGAAAGCUGCACCGACGGAAAUAAAUGAUAGCGAGAAGAAGAAAGAAACAGAUAAAAGCGAAACCAAGAACUCACCGAAAAAAGAAGAUUCUAAAAGAUCAAAAUCACCAGUGAAGGAGAGCUCCAGUUCGUCAUCUAAUUCUAGUAGCAGUAGUUAUUCAUCAUCAUCAAGUUCAGAAGAAGAACAUGAAAAACCUGGCAUGAAACCAACAGCAAAAGCUCGUGAAAUUAAACCAGCCACUAGGCAACCAUCUAUGUUUUCGCCCCCAGGCUCUAGACCGACAGUGGACUUGCCCUUUCUUGACAAGGUGUCAAAACCAUUGUCUUCAACUAGUGCCUCGAGUGAUUCUGACAGCUCUAAGGGAUCAAGAUUUUCCGGCUCUGGAAGUCCCUCUCCCAAGCGUCCCCGUAGACGCCGAAAGAAGAAGAGUAUCUCAGUUGAUGCGUCCCCUCGCAAGGCCCCUGACAAGAAGCUUAAAACUUCCGAACGGGAGUCCGAGUGUGGGGUAUCAUCACCGCCUACUGAAGGAGAGAAAUCGAGCAGACCCAACGACACGCGUGCUGCCACGCGUGCUCGGACCAGAAGCACUACUACAAGCGGAAAUUUGCCUAAUAAGUCUGAUGCCCGACAGAGAAAACCAUCUAAAGACUUCUCAGGACAUACCUCUACAUCCAAUAAAAUAUCCAAAGAGACCAGCGAGCCCAUUGAAUUUACAGCUCCGAAACGGAAAACGGACGAGGAGAUAAAGAAAGACAUCGUGUUACCUACAGCUGAUCUAUCAAAAACUGACUCAAAGUCAACAAAGUCGGCUAAAAUCAAGCGACCUAGUCUGUCUAUUGAAGAUAAUAAAGAAGAAAAAGUUAAAACGAAUGAUAAUGAGACAGUUCCUCAGAAAAAGUCAAGUCCAAGAAAAAGUACGGAAUUGAAACACAAAGUUGUAGCUAGUAGGAGAAUGAGCAUCAUAGAUCCUCCUACAACGGAAAUUUUAUCACCCCCAAAAGAAACUCGUGAACACAAAAUAAAUGAAAAGCGUUCUAGUAGACGAGAUUCACAGGCUAAGGAUCGAUCUCAUCUUUCUCCAAUCAAGAAAACUAUUGUUACCAUCGAAAAUGCACCACCUGUGGAAAUAAUAGAAAAGAAACACCCAACUAUUAUGAAUGACUUCCCUGAUUCUGAUAAAAAUUGGCUACCGAAAGCACUAAGCCCCAAUGUUCAUCCACCCCCUGUAGAAAAACCAGGUGAUCAUGAAAAAUACAUGACUGAAGAUAAGUCACUGGACUCAGAUUGUGCAGAUAAAAGUAGUAUUAAAAUGAUUGCCAAAAUACAAGCCAAUUUAAACGAAAAUACCAUGAUUAAGUCACCAAAGACACCAAUGGAUGCCCGAACAAUUGAUCCUAUGGAUGUGGACAAUCCUAUUUCGAGGACAAUUAGAAAACGUUCAAUACUAGAUACAGAAAAGAAAUUCAUUACCCAAGACUCCAGUCACGUUCAAGGGGUGGAAAUAUCAAAGAGUGCUAAAAUACCAUCUACUCUUAAUCCUUUCCCUAAUAGAGCUAUGUUUUCGCCACAGCCUAAAGAUAACGAACUAUUCGAAUUUGACAUGCUUGCGGUUGAUGAUGGAUUCAAUCAUGAAGAAAUGAUGAAACCUUUUACAUCUUAUCCAGAAAUCUUUUUGCAAGAGGUUUCUAAAGAACAGGGUGUACAAGAAACAUUAAACUUGGUUGAUAGGCUUCGAAUGCAAUUAAAUAAAAAAGCACCUACUGAAAAUGUUCCUCAUGAGGAUGGGGUAAUGAAUGAUAAAGAUGCACGAGAUGACGAGGAAGGACGAGAUGAUUCUACAAAUAAAGAAAAGAGUGAAUGUGAAAUAUUGUCUGGAAAUACAGAUAAUAUUAAAGUCUCCACGAAAGAUACUGAAACAUCUAAUCACUUUUCAGAGUCAGGAGAAAGUAUUGAUCCUAUCAGAGAGAGAAGGAUUUCAGAAAAUAAAGAAGAUCAAAAUAAUCCUAUGAACUCUAAUGAAAAAUGGAUGGAUCUAAAUAUAACUCAAAAUGAAAAUGAAUCCCAACAAGAUCUGUCGAGUGAAUCAAAAUAUGAUAUUGCUUCAUACACUGAAGAUUUUAAGGAACCCGCUACUGUUCAAUCAAUCAAUUCUGUUUCAGAAGUUGGAGAUUCAAUAUCGUUGUCUAAACAGAGUGAUGAUUCUCAAUCUUUAUCAGUUGUUGAUCAUUCUGUGCAUAGCAAUGACCAUGAACUAACACAAGAUAACCAAACCUAUGAUAAUAAUAAUUCCGUAAUACAUUCUGAUUGCGCUACCAUAUCGUCACCAUACAUAAGUCAUGCUUCAAAGUGGAGAGAAAGCAAGAUAACGACUCGAAGAUCUUCAGCUUCAAGUACAAAUUCAGAAGGAUCUGUAUGUUCUCAAAAAACAGAUAUAAAAUCUCAUCUCAAUUGUGAAUCUCGUCAAGGACCAGUGAUGCCUGAAAUUGACCCAUAUCCACCAAUGCCAGCCUAUUCAUGUCGCGUCGAACCAACUAUGCCUCUGAAUCAAUAUACAAGCUAUCCACCAAAUGCCUCACCAUUUUUGAGUACAAUGGGUGCGUUACCAUUGUUUGCUCCAGGAGCGUGUGCUUCAUCACAGUUGCCAUUACCGUCACCAGGUCCCGGAUUAUAUGCGUCUGGAUUACCUUACAAUGCCACUCCAUUAUUACAAUCUUUGCCUAAACCGGCUUUUUCUACUUUAUGUGCUGCUUUCACUUCUUCAUCACAAAAUAUUGCAUUAACAACUGCAAUGAUUGCUUCGCCUACUCCAAAAGCUCUUGAUUCUCCGCGAGAUGAUAUCGAUGUCACAAGUAGUGAUAAAAUGUCUAUUCAUGUCGUUUCUAGUCCUAGUCUCAGCAUAGAGUCAUAUAAUGAAUCAAGUAACACUAGAGCUCCUACAAAAAUGUCCAAUGACAGUAACGAGACUAUUAUGAGUUUAAACCAUCAAGAUUCAAAAUCAUCUCCAAAGACAACGAAAAUCGUUACAAGAUUCCCGGGCAAAUCACCGGGUAAAAGUCCUGGUAUCUCGCCUAAACAGAGUGAUUCGUCAAAAGGCAGUAAACGAUCAAGCAAUAAAAGCAGUAGAAAUCAAAGAGGGCGUGGGAGAUCAAAAAGUCGUGGUAGUUACGCAUCAGUGGACUACCUCGGUAACUCAAUUCAAAGCAAAUUAGUUGGUACAGUUUAUGAUUUUAACGAAGAAAUUGCCAAUGAUGGUGUCGAUCUUAAAGCAUUAAGAGAGCGAAGAAAGUCUAUAGAUACGAAGGAUGAUAGAAAAUCUGAGCAUUCUUAUAAAGAUUCGUCACAAUCUCCUCGUGUAGUAAGCCCCGAACCAGCGAGGACGGAUAAGAGAACGGUUGAGUGUAAAGAUGAGAAAAGUACAACACCUGAACCUGUUGAUGAACCUCAAUCGCCUUCCAAUAAGCCGAACUCUGAAAGAGGCCCAGGUUUCUCUCAAGUGCAUCCAGUAUUACCGGGACCCGUUGAUAUGCGUACUUAUAAUCCAUUCGACAAUCCCGCACCGACCACUGGCGACGCUUAUCAUAGUCAUUUACUAGCUUUUGCAAGUGGUACAGCUGAACAACAAUUAAUAGAAAUUGACGAAGAAGUAGAAAAACAACUGCAUAGUGCUCUGAUGGCUAGUAAGCCGAAAACGGGCGUUCCAGCGACAACGUCAGCACAAGAAAUUAAUGAGCCUGUUAAAGAAACUAUAUCCCAGUUACCUAAAGUGUCAUUAUCAGAUUCCAGGAACCAAUUGAAAGUAAAGAUAAAAGGUCCUUUCUUAGAUGCUAAUUAUUCCGCAAGUUCGGUACAACCAGUUGCACCACAACCACCUGCCCCAACUCACGAAUCUAAUACAAGUGUUUUAAAUACUUCAAAUAGUUCAACGAACACCAUGAUGACAGGAUCAACAAAUCUUAGACGUAUGCGGAAAAAAGAAUUAUUACGCCAAUAUUGGACACAGGACAUGAAUAUGGAUGAUCCAACUAAUGCAUCUACCAUGGGAAUAGCGCCGCCACCAGCUGCGCCUCAGCCUUUAGGUCGUGCUGUCAUAACAAUACCUAAAGCAGUGGCUUCUAUGACGAGCAUACCUACACGAGAAGAUUACAAAAUAACUGAUAGCCCAAUAGAAAAGAAAAAACGAAAGACAACCAGUGGUCUCUCUCGAGAACUACGACAUUUGGAAGUAAGCAUGAAUGACGAUGUAGACCCCGCUGAUGAUGUUAAAUUAUCAAAUUUCGUUGGCACAUCAAGCCAGGCACAUAAGAGGCGCGGUCGAGUAUCUACAAAACCAAACCGCUCCAACGCAACAUCACCAGUAGCUCCAAAAUUGAAAAUAAAAAUAGGUUCCAAUAUUGUUCAACAAGUAAAUGAUGAAACGACCGGAUUCCAAUUUCGGCCUCCUAAAAAACGCCUUCAGGCUUCUAUUCCUAAACCAAGCUUGGAAGACUUACGACGUGAAAGUAUGAAGUAUCGGCGCAUGGUAAUGGCCGAUUUCGAAGAAGAUGAAAAAACAAGUAAACACAAACCUACUAAGAGCGAAAAACGCAAAAAGAAGAAGGAAAAGAAAUCGGAAAAAGAGAAACUUCAAGUGGUAAACAGUAAAAGUGAAAGUGCUACAAAGUUGAUUAUAAAGAUAAAGCGUACUAAGGACGAGGAAAGAAAAGUAGCGGCAGGUUCGGAAGGCGGACCGAUAGCCGGUGCAGCAGCCGCAGCGCCGGAACCGUCAGUCGAUCCAUUCGACUACGAUCCAACGGCGCCGGACCCAUUGGCUAUCGAUCCACCUUUCAGCUCUGAAGCUGCUUCGACCUUGCGUAGAAUACGGACAGAUAAAGUGACACCUAUUCGUUUAAAAUUGUCACGCAGCUCCCAGGGUUCGGGUUACGUUAUGAAAGAGGCCGGUUCCUCCGGGCCGGGCUCGGAGGGGUCCAGUGUCGAGACGGCGGUGACAUCCGCUCCUUCUACCUCGGCCUCGAUUCCUAUGACGGUUAAUAAACACUGUGAAGUGAGGUGAUAUAAACCGCGUAAGAAGCGUUAAAUAUGGACAAUGGACCUUAAAUACUAGUGUACAGUAUUUAUAAGUAAUAACUGUAAAUAGGUUUUUAAAUAAAAUUAUCCUCUUUUAAUUCUUGAUGUAGUUUAUUACAUUAUUUAUUUGUAUAAAUGGAAAGCUCAAUGAUUAACUUAAAGUUACUCUAAGGUGUAUUUUUGUGCAUUUUGUGAUGCGCAAGUAAAUUUUAUCAUAACAUAUUAUAUAUUUUUGUUAAAGUUACUAUUUUACUUUGUGCCUCAUAAUGUGGAAUCUCAUUAAACAUAUUAUCAUUGUAAAUUGAUAUCGAUAUGUUAGGUAUUUAAUUCUCAAAGCUGCUCUAUCACAAUGUACAUCACAGACUGGCAUGGCAUUGACUUUCAAUUUAUUUGAUAUAAAUGUAGUAAUUAUUUUAUAUAAAAACAUAAUUUUAAAUGUCCACAUAUUAUAUAUAGAAAAAUUUAAUUUCAUUUAGAUAAAUACUAAUUUUAUAUAUAUAUAUAUAAUAUUAGUUAACAAUUUGUCUGUGACAAAUGCAUAAUAAAUUAUAAUUUGGAUAGUAUAUUUAAUGAUGAAGCUGGCUUCUCAAAGAUUUUAUAUAUUUUUUAAAGUGUUGUAAUGAAUUUAAUUUUAGAUCUAUUGCUUGCUUUUAUUUGUAUUUCUUUUUUAUAUUUCGAUUUGAAUGACAUUUAUCACAUUUUACUUAAUAUAUUAUUUUUGAAAAAUAUAUGAACUGAUAUUUAUUAACUUUUCGUUUUCAAUGCCGUGCCCGUCAAUAAUAAAUUGUAUAUUUAUUUACCAGAACAAAAAAAUUAUAAUCAUAAUAUUUAUAGCUCAUGGCUCGGAUUUUAACAAAGUAAAUCAUAGUUAAACUUUUAAAUUUUGAGACAAGUAUAAAAUUGAGUAAAACAUUAUUAUGUUUACCUCAAGUGGAAAACGUAUAUAAUAAUUACCAGGUGAUUCUGAUAAUGUCCAUUAUUUUAAAAACGAGCAAUGCCAACAUUAAAAUUA